AUGGCAAAUGAGAAAAAUGUGAACACUUACUUUGACAAUCUCAGGGGAACACUAGACCAGUAUGAUUUACAUGACAAACCCCACCUCAUUUUUAAUAUUGACGAAAAGGGUAUCUCGUUGGACCAUAAACCACCACAUAUUGUUCAUGUACAUGCUAAUCCACCUGCAGUCACAACUGGAAAGAGCAAAACAGUCACUGUCUUGGGCUGCGGUAGUGCCAGUGGUGUGGCCAUUCCGCCCUAUUUUGUAUUUGCAGGAAAGCGCAUGAAUCCUGACUUACUGGCGGGCAAAUGUGCUGGUGCAGAUGGAACAGUAAGCGAGACCGGCUGGUCCAAUGGUGCUAUCUUCAGACACUGGAUUGGACAUCAUUUUAUCAAGUACAUUCCAGGUCGCACCAAUGAACCUGUUCUACUUAUGUUGGAUGGUCACAAGUCGCAUGUUUCUGUAGGGCUUGCAGAGUGGGCUCUGGAACUGAAUAUUGUCAUUUUUGUCUUGCCUGCUCAUUGCUCCCAUAUUCUUCAACCCUUUGAUGUUGCCUGCUUUGGACCCUUCCAAAAACUCUAUAACAUCCAGUGCCACAAGUUAAUAAGGGAAACAUCUGCCACUAUUUGUCGGUACAAUGUGUGUGAGCUGGCGUGCAAAGCCUACACUAAGGCAGUAUCCCCUGAAAACCUACAGUCUGGGUUCAGGAAGACUGGUAUAUAUCCCCUGGAUAAAGCUGCCCUACCUCAAGACAAGCUUCUACCAGCUGAUGUCUACCAGGAGUCUUCAGAAUGUAGUCAAGCUAGUGAAGCUUCUACAGUGGAAGGGGGCAUUGAAGUUAACAAAGAUGAAGGAUGUAGUGUCUUCAUGAAAGAAAAAGGGAAAGAACUUAAGAGAAAGAAAUCAGAAACUGAAAAGCAGAGAAAAACAAGAAAAACUAUGAGCAAAAUAGUGUCAGGAAAAGAGAUGUCUACAGAAAGUUUAAUAGAGCAAAUGAAAGAACAUGAACUAAGUCAGAACAAAAGGAAGCCAGAACAAAUGCAAACAAAGGAGAAGUCAGUUAAAAAAUCAAUGAUAAUCAAACUCUUGAACAAACAGUCCAGUCCAAAGCCAGGCCCUUCCACUGAGAAGUCUGCUGAAAGCCCAUAUAGAUGUGAAAUGUCUGACUCUGAGUCAGACAACAUGGACACUAAGCCAUGCUGUGUAUGCAAUGCACGCCAGCCUAUUGAAAUUUCUAGAAACAGGUCUGUUAAGUUUGUUGAGUGGGCUCAGUGUGAUGGUAAACAUGGCUGGAUGCCCUGUUUACACUGGGUACACCUGAAAUAUUGUUGCCCCAUAACUGAAGUUGCUGACGGUCAGAAAUUCUACUGCCCUCACUGUGUUGACUAUGAGGAAUAG